UGUACUAACAAUUUUUUAAUUUUUAUUUUUUUGCACCCAUACAAAUUCCUUUUUGCAAACUCUCAAUUUGUAUUAUCAUUAAAUCCUCCUCCUUUUAAACUCCUUACCCAACACACUUUCAAUUUGACUUAUUGAUAAUUUCUAUAAUUCAAAUUUAUACAACUACUCCCCGUUUUAAUUAUCCUCCUUCAAUGCAAUACAAAGCUUUGAAAACAAUCUUUACCGCUCUUGUCGGUUCUUGUGCCAUUGGUGCAAAUAAACUUGAUAGUUUUAUUAAUUGUGGUGAUGAAUCAACUCCUUUAAUUUCAAUCAUUGAUGAAUCUGACUCUGAAUCUGAAUUUGAAACUUUUGAAUCAAUUAGACGUAUGAGAAAUGAAAGUAAUGCUCGACUCCAAGGUGCUUUAAUUGGUACAUUUCCUUAUGGUACUCCUCAAGGAGAAGCUCUUUAUGACUCUCGUAUUCCUCAAAUGGUUGGAAAACCUCGUCCUUGUACUUCAGUUUCUGGUGUUUUAUUUGGUUCUGAUCAUCGCCGUUUAUCAUUUAGAAAUGGAUUUAAUGAAAUUCAAAAUAGAAUUGAAUCCAAAAACAUUGUACCUUUAUCUCCAACUGUAACUAGUAAUUCUAAUACUAAUGUUGUUGUUAUUGGUGGUGGUAGAACUUCUUCUGCUGCUCUUAAAGAUUUUGAAAUCCCAAUUCCAAAAUCAAAAUCUAUUAGAAAAAGAUUAACUGAUUAUAUUAAAAGUUCUGGUGAUGAUAAUUCUGAUGAUACUAGUAAACCUCCUUCUAGUAGUCCCAAAUCAUUUAGUUCAUUUAGUUCAUUUAGAUCUAAUAAUUCUUUUAGAAAAUCUUUCAGACACUCAUUAUCUUCAAUAAUUUCUGAAUCAAAAUCAUCUGCCACUACUUCUACUAAUCAUUCAAAUAUUAUUGUUAACUCUGAUAUUUAUCAAAGUAAUACUACUUCAACUACUACUGAUACUUGUGAUAUUAACAUACUUGAUGGAACUAAACCUGUUAACACUUUGAGAAGACAUAGUUUUAGGUCUAGUCUAGUAAGACUAAGAGAUUCAUUUAGAUAUGGACUGCAAUGGAAGUCAUUAAAUACUGACUCUAGUUCGAAUUCUGAUUCUUAUACCCGUGGACCUAUUGUCUUCUCUAAUAGUUCAAGUCCUUCUUCAGUUCCUUCUGAUUAUUCUUCAAUUAAUCAAACAUCUCAUAUUGAUUGUACAUCUAAUUCUGAAUUUGAUAGUAGAUCAAUCACUAGUACUUCUAGUUCUAGUUCUGUUGUUUCCUUUGGUAGUUUUAUUAAAUGUAAAACUCAAUCAAAUACUUCAUCAUUUAUUAUUGUUGUUGAUGAUGAUGAUACAAACUCAUGUAAAGAUAUAGAAAUUAUAUCUGACUUUGAUGGUUCAACUGCUACUAACCAAAAUGGUAAUUCUGCAGAUGAUUUAACUAUUUGUAAAAAGCCUACUUCAUUCAUUAAUAAGAGUUUUGUAUCAGAUCAUAAUUUCAAUUCUUCAACUACUACUUAUAAUACUGAUGGUAAUACUGAUAAUAAUACCAAUACUGAAACUGAAACCGAAACUGAAAUUAUUACUAAUCUUCAUAUUAAUACUAAUAUUGAUGCUGAUACUAAUCCUGAUACUAAUCAUGAUACUAAUCAUGAUACUAAUGCUGAUGCUUAUACUGAUACUGAUUCUGACAUUGAAUCUGAAACUGACUCUGAAGCUGAAUUCAACUAUAUUUCAAAUGAAUCUUAUGUACCAUUUAUAAAUCCAUAUUCAAAACCAAAUCCAACUGCUUAUGAUUUUGAAGUUACUGAAAGUUCUUCAGUUGGAUAUAUAAAUUAUUUUGCUACUAACGUCAUGGAUAUGUACAAAUUCUACCACAUUGAAAAUAUGUUUUAUAGUCGUGGAUAUCAAGAACACUUUAGAAGCUUAUUACCAGGUGGUGAUACUUAUAAGGAUAGAAUCAUAGUUCCUUAUAGAACAUCAACAGGCCCAUUUUAUAUUGCAUAUCCUACUAUUAUUGGUAAUCCAGCUAAGAAACCUCAAAACAAUUCUCCUUCUAUUAAUGCUAGUCCUGAAGAUCAUGAAAUUGAAUUUGUAGAGUAUGAUUAUGGUAGAAUGCCAAAACCAAUGUUAGAUGGUCAUAAAUUCCCUGAUUUAACUAUACCAGUAAUUGAUCCAUAUAUUAAACCAGUAAAAGAAAAAUAUCCUAGUCCCCUUUCCAAAUGUUAUCUGGUUAAUGAUAUUGAUGAUGACUCUGAUUCCAUUUAUAGUGAUUGUAGUUCAGAUGACAGUGAUGAAUAUUUAAAAACUUUAAAAGAAUUAGAAGAUGGCUAUUUUAAUGGUCCUUUUGUUAAUCCUGAUACUACUGAAAUUACUACUGCUGCUAAUAUUAAAACUAAUACAAAUAAUAAUAUUAAUUCUAAUACUAAUUCUGAUGACUACUACCAAGAACUCAGUAAUUCAAGAGUUAUCAAUCAAGUCGAAGAAGACUUCUAUUCUUCACUUUUUGCUGAAUGGUGGUUCUAAAAUAUAAUAAAACAAAACAAAACAUAAAAACAAAAAACAAAAACAAAAAAUAACAUAAAAAACAAAAAAAUAGGGUAUUAUAUAUAUACCCUGGUGUUUUCUAGGCUCUUUAUAUUCGAGCAUUCUCUAACACCUUCCUCUCUCUCUCUCUCUCUAUCUUUCUCUCCUUUCACUCUUUACUUCUCUUUAUUACCUACUCUUCUUUACUUUUGUAUCAUAGACAC